CUGCGCCUGCAAGGCGGCCGGCUCCGGGAAGAUGGCUGCGGCCGUGCUGCUGGCAGUGGGUUUGCGCACCGCGCGCAGAACCCUGGCGGCCGCGGGGCCCCGGGGUGCGCAGGUCCGGGGCAAUGCAGGUAUGACUGACGGAAGUGAAGUGGCCAGGGCUCAGAAAGCUGCUCCUGGAGGAGCGGCGCCCACCAUCUUCUCCCGGAUUUUGGAUCGCAGCCUCCCAGCCGACAUUCUGUAUGAAGAUCAGCAGUGUCUAGUGUUCCGUGAUGUGGCUCCUCAGGCCCCUGUGCAUUUUCUGGUCAUUCCUAAGAAGCCCAUUCCUCGAAUUAGCCAGGCUGAAGAAGAAGACCAGCAGCUUCUAGGGCACUUACUCCUUGUGGCCAAGAAGACAGCCAAGGCUGAGGGUCUGAAAGAUGGGUAUCGACUUGUGGUCAAUGACGGGAAGAUGGGCGCCCAGUCCGUGUAUCACCUGCACAUUCACGUACUUGGAGGCCGACAGCUGCAGUGGCCUCCUGGCUAAACCUGCCAGCUGACCCAGGACCACAGACUUGGAUGCGUGGGUGGAGAGAGGGAAAAGAAAUCCUGUGGCAUGAAUAAACUUAUUCUCCCUCAA